AUCCAAUGGCCACCCACCUCUCUUCUCUCCUUAAAUCCCCCUUCAAAUCCACAUACCCAAUUCACACACCCCAAAAUAGACAAUUUCAUAUAUAUUUUUAGAGAGAGAGAAAGAUAAAAAAACAACAGAGUUUUAGAAAGAGAAACACACAGUUUUUGUUUGUGGGCAGGUGGGUGAAGAAGAAGAAGAAAAAGAAGAUGAACAUGAAUAAUGUCUUGGAUUCUCCGCUUGAAGCCUUGGCCGUCAAUUAUCUCAGCUUCGGUUUCUUAACGGCCGUCAAUAAGAUAUGGACCUGGGUCGCCGUUAUAACCGCCGCUGUCAGUCUCUGGCGAAUCAAAGCCUCCGGUGGCCCAACAUCCGACCCAGAUGAGCUUCCUCCGCCUGACACGGCGGCGCUUAAUUCCGAGCCACCUUCAACUUCAACAGAGUCAGUGGCGGUGGCGAGUGCUCCGGCGGUUUGUGCGGUGGAGACGACAGAGGCGGUGACGAGAGGGAAGUUUACGGUGUAUUACGAGGAUGACAGUGAGGUGGAUGAGGGCGGGGAUGGGGAUUUUGGGGAAGUGGGUUGUGGAGGAGCAGAGAAUUUGUGUGAUGGGUGGAAAUGGAAAUGGGAAAAAGAGAUGAAGAUGAGAAUGGGGGAUGAGAUGGGUUGGUAUCAUUAUCAGGACUUGACGGUGCUUGACGGUAAUGUUGUCAGGUUAUGGGAUGGUUGUAAGGGCAGAAGUAGCAACAACGACAUCAAUAUCUCAUUCUCUCAACUAGUGUCUCAACUAGUGUUAUGUAGUGAUAGUUGAAGAAGAAUUGUAGUUGUUUGGUGUAGUAACAAUUAAAAAAAAAAAAAAAAAAUCUUUAAAUUGUAUAUAUGGAUGAUGAUGAUGGAUGGAUGGGUGGCCAUGUUAUACCAGCAUUAAUUCAGUAAUGCAAGCUUCCAUUUUUGUUCUCUCUCUCUCUCUGUAUCUGAAGAACAAUUAUGCUGAUGAUGAACUUUUUGGUUUGCUUCUU